GAGCCGGUUAGGAAAAACACAGUUCACCUGUGAUAACCGAAUUCCGUUUUUUAUUUUAAAUUGUUUUCAUUAAACCUGGUUACUGAAUCGUUAAUGUUGUAAAAAAAAAAAAAAAAAAAAAAAUCAUAACAAAAAUUUGUUUGUAAUCAAUGUCGCAGUUGGAUCCUGACUUACUAUCCGGAGGGUUAGUACAGUCCGCUAAUCCCCCAAUUUUGGACGAGAGACUGCCCGUCUCUAGUUUAUCUCUGCUUAUACUUUUACUGAUACCUUGUGUUGUUCUGCUGCUACUCUUCAACUGCGUGAUACUGGGAUACAAACUUCUGUCUUGGAAGAAGAAACGGAGGAGAAGGCGGCGGCUGAGGGAACAAUGGAGUUUUUUCUCGCCUUCAACCGAAUUCAGUAGACUGAGCGGAACCACUAAACUUUCAGAGGAACCAUCGUUUGCUAACAAUGCGGGGCCGGGUCGCAUAUGCCCGGUUUCUUCCGCUCACAGCUUGGGAGAGAAGCGGGGCGAACCUAGGCCGAGGGGUAGAGCUUACAAACCAGACGGGACCGCCGGAGAAGCGUCUGGCUCAUUGAGGCCACCCAGCACCAUACUAGCCGUGCUGUCAACUACAGCGUCUACAACAAGAGCCGACCUGCCUCGCAGGACUCAGGUUCAUACCAACAGCUCAUCGGACUGGCGAGCGGGUGUUCAUCAGAUAGUACCUUUCUCGAGCGAUUCAGAAACAGAACGACCUCACCCCGUCCCUCCAAACUCGCCGGAGAUCACUGUGCAGAGGGAUUUGCCAGGUACCAGGCAGAUGCACCGCAGCAGCACCAUGCGGCUGCACAAUGAACGGCACAUCCGCAUCAUGAGCCCCCCGGUGGACUCGGUCCGGUUUGAGUGUGCCAGCAACAUACCUUGCGAGGAGACCGGCUUCGUCCACUCGGGCAACUCUUCCACCCUGGGGCCAGGGCUGGACAGUGACUUUGGUGCCAGCGCAGGUAUCUCCCUGCGCAUCCUGUCCUCAGACAGUGAGAGCUGCUCCAGUGUUCUGUGGGCCUCCGGGCUGGAAUGGGAUUACUAUGACCCCGGAUACAAUAGACGGAAACAGAUGCGCAAACACAUGGAACAGCUGCCUGCGCUCUGCUCCAGACAGUACUGGGUUUAACCGCUGUGUUAGUAGAACACUGACAUCCUGCACUGCACUAAACACUGGGUGAAUGCACAGUGGAGAGCAGCGAUCCUGCAUCUCUCUCACACACACACCCACACACACACACACACAUGCACGCUGGACCUCUAGGGUUCCCUACAUUUGAAAUGGAGACCUGACACUCAGUUUGAUCGUCCUGUUGAUCAAAUUGUCACUUGCAUCUUCUUUCUGUCGAGAUGUUAAUCACUUAUUCAGAAGCUAUAGAAACAAAAAAAAAGUUACUUUUUUUUUU